AUGGCACUGAAAUUGCACGAGCUCACGAAUGAUGAAGACCUCAUAUCUGUGCUCGAGGUAGGACAUGAAGCAUACGGCAAUCCAUAUAAUGGUGUUUGGCAAAUUACGACAGGUUCCUCGAGGGAAGAAUGCUAUACUCGUUUAUUAUCAUGGCAUAAAAAUGAUCCGAGCAGCCAUUGGGUAUUUGUGACAGAUGAGGCUACUGGUGAAGUGAUUGGUGGGACUCUAUGGAAAAUCUUCGAAACCAAUCCGUACGCAACUCCGAUGCCAGCACCGACGAUUUAUUGGUUACCAGAAGUAAUCACGUAUUGUUUCGUACAUUCUUCGCAUAGGGGUCGAGGAGCAGCAAGUCUAAUGUUGAAAUGGGGGACCGAUAAAGCGGAUGAACUUAGGCUAGAAGCUUUCGUUGAAUCUACCGACAUAGCUCGCAAAGCCUACGAGAGACAUGGAUUCAACGUCAUUCACGACCUCGAUAUCGAUGCGCAUAUGGAUAAUCCUAGCGAGGAGUUUAGCGCGAUGAGAGAAAAGCUUGGUUGUCCGAUGCAUGGUUGGUUUAUGAAGAGGGAUCCUGUUUCCAGCUAA